UUACGCUUGAUGAAAUAAAAACCUAGAAUUUUCUUCAGAGAAAAAUCGCCUCCCUCUUGUUCUUGUCGAGCCAGCUCCAAAACAAGAGAUCUAGUUGUUUUAUCACGGUGAAUCACUCCAGCCGUGUGGAACUUCUCAACAAUGGGAAACGAAGCUGCAAAUGAUCAAUCAAUGAUGGAGAUUUUGAGGAAGAUCCAAGCUGACUUCACAGUCUUUGGUCAACGACUUGAACGUGUUGAACAACGAAAUCAGCCAAUGCCGGUGUUAAACAACGGUCUGGGAUUGGGUCAAGUUCCUCCGGAACGUGGCGAGGCUGCCAAUGCCAAUGCUCGGAAUGACCAACAGGAAUCUGCCUCUAGCAGUGACGAUCCAGACAACAUGGUACAGAAUCGAAGAGGACGGAAUCGAGGCAAUAGACGGAGGCAAAACAGGGGACAUUACUCCGAUGAUGACAGCGAUCCGGGUCGUAUUGACAAUAACCGGAGAGAUAGAGGUGGAGAGAACCAGCGGAGAAGGAAUCCAAGACAAGCUAAUGCCGAUGGCGACGAACCACCAGCCCGAAACACAAACCAUGAGCUGAAGCUUAAGCCACCACUCUAUGCAGGAAAAGGAGAGAAUGAUGAGGACAUCGACCAAGCUCCAACCACCAAGCCAACAGCUCAUGAACCAGCCAAUGUACCGUUCAUACCAAACCUGCCAAUGACCCGAUCAAGAACUCGUUUCCUCCACAACAAGUUUAAUGCCUUUGUCGAGAAGCUACUUGACGUUACGUAUCAUGCGGCCAGCGACUUCGAAUAUCCAGAGCUCGACACCAAGAAUGACUUCCCGAACAAGAUAGAAGAAGGACAAGACAAGCUACUCGUAUUGGUUGAGGAAGCUGAAGCAAGAGACCAUCAAGACCAUUUGUUCUCGUCAUUCCAUGGACCAUGGCCUAUGAUCAUAGCUCAAGCCGGUUGUACCGUCACCACUAUCACGAGCUCUUAAGCCAAGUAAGUGUUUCAAUCAAUUUAUUUUAUUUCU